AUGGAGAACGGAAACCACAACGCCUGGCGAAAUGGACCGAGGCCGCCUCCCUCUCUUGUGGCGUAUAUCCAUGAUAUUCGUCGGCAUUCCUUGAAGCGUGAGUUCGUGCCCGACGGUGGUCUAUCUACUGGAAAGCUUCCGCACAGUGUCGCUGUUGGAAUGAACCCUAAAAAGCGACACGAGGUUGAGCACUUCUCUCGUUAUGUUAGUACGCUGGUCGACGAUGUAAACGCCACUCGGGGGGAAGAGGUCUCCCACAUCGUUGAUUUCGGGUCCGGACUAAACUACCUCGGAAGGACACUUGCCAGCCCUCCGUAUAACAAGGAUAUCAUUGCCAUAGAGCGAAGGCAGAAUAAUAUUACCAGUGCAAAGGGAAAGGAUGUCCACGCCAAAUUAGCAAAGAAGACCAUCACCAUGAGGAACAAGAAAGAACACAAGGCCAGACUCUUAGGGAUCGACCCCGGUGAGCUGAAGUCGGAUUCGGGAACUUCCACGCCGGAUGGUGUAACAAACGAUCAAAAUGGAGUGGCCAUUAUCGUCGAUGUCGUCCAGGAAAGGAGUGCCAUUGCAAGCGACAGUAGAACAAACGGAGAAUCUGCAGUUGGUUGCAUGCAUUACGUCGAACAUGACAUCCAAGAUGGGUAUCUAGAGCCCAUAAUUCGCCAUGUGAUUGAACCUUCGGAAGACAACCCACUACUUCUGGACGUCAAUCAAGAUGAACCGCAUAGUGUUGACUUAUCAACUCUUGCUCUCACGCCUAAUGACAAAGCUAUGCCCCGUCCUCCUUCUCGGGUGAUGGUAAUCUCCCUUCACUCCUGUGGUAAUCUAGUCCAUCACGGGAUCCGCUCCCUCAUUAUCAAUCCAUCUGUGGUCGCCAUCGCCAUGAUCGGCUGCUGCUACAAUCUCAUGACCGAACGACUCGGCCCAAUGACUUACAAACUUCCUGCCCUCCGUUCCCUUCAUCCUCGCCUCGAAAAGACUUCCAAAGCAUACGAUCCUCAUGGAUUCCCGAUGUCGAAACGCAUGGAGGAAUACACGUAUGACGCCGGGAAUGGAAUCAGGCUCAAUAUCACCGCGAGAAUGAUGGCUGUCCAAGCUCCCUAUAACUGGGGUACUGAAGAUAGCGAAGCGUUCUUCACCCGCCACUUUUAUCGUGCUCUCUUACAGCGUAUUCUUGUGGAUUACGAAGUUGUUCCUGUGCCUGGCUCAGUGCAGGCCGCCAACCCCACCUCAGAGCCAGUGAGUGCUACAUGCGAUACGCCUGGAACGGCUCUUAUCGUUGGGUCGUUGAGGAAGUCCGCUUUCGUCUCGUUCCCUGCCUACGCACGCGCGGCCAUAUCCAAGUUGAUCCGCGAUCCCAAGUACGGAGAACUCAUUAAGCAGAAAGUCGCCGACAUCUCCGACGAAGACUUAAAUGACUAUGUGAAGAAGUAUCACUAUGCUAAGAAGAAUCUCAGCAUCGCGUGGACGCUCAUGGCGUUUAGUGCAGGAGUGGCCGAAUCGAUCAUUGUUACCGACCGAUGGCUAUUCCUGCGCGAGCAGCAAGCUGUGGAACAUGCUUGGGUGGAACCUGUAUUCGAGUAUGCGCAAAGCCCGAGAAAUCUGGUGGUGGUCGGAGUGAAAAAAUGA